AUGGCCGAGCUGCAGGAGGUGGAGGUGCCCGGGAACCCCGCGCUGUGCAGCAGUGGGCGCUUCACCAUCAGCACGUUGCUGGGGGGCGACGAGCCCCCACCCCCCGCCGCCUAUGACAGCAGCCACGCCAGCCACCUGACCCAGGGCAGCAGCACCCUCUACAUGCGCACCUUUGGCUACAACACCAUCGAUGUGGUCCCCACCUAUGAGCACUAUGCCAACAGCGCCCUGCCCGGGGAGCCCCGGAAGGUGCGGCCCACGCUGGCCGACCUGCACUCCUUCCUCAAGGAAGGCGGCCACCUGCAGGCUUUCGACAGCCGGCCCAGCCAUGACAUGACUGACGGGCUGGUGGAAGACGAGGCAGGCGUGGCCGGUGAGAAGAAGCCGGGGGAGCCCGUGCGCUUCGGCUGGGUGAAGGGUGUGAUGAUCCGCUGUAUGCUCAAUAUCUGGGGUGUCAUCCUCUACCUGCGGCUCCCCUGGAUCACAGCCCAGGCCGGCAUCGUACUCACCUGGGUCAUCAUCCUGCUCUCCGUCAUGGUCACCUCCAUCACCGGCCUGUCCAUCUCGGCCAUCUCCACCAACGGCAAGGUCAAGUCAGGUGGCACCUACUUCCUCAUCUCCCGGAGUCUCGGCCCCGAGCUCGGGGGCUCCAUCGGCCUCAUCUUUGCCUUUGCCAACGCCGUGGGGGUGGCCAUGCACACAGUGGGCUUCGCCGAGACCGUGCGGGAUCUGAUCCAGGAGUACGGCAGUCCCAUCGUGGACCCCACCAACGACAUCCGCAUCAUCGGCGUGGUCACCGUCACCGUGCUGCUGGCCAUUUCGCUGGCCGGCAUGGAGUGGGAGUCCAAGGCCCAGGUUCUCUUCUUCUUGGUUAUCAUGGUGUCCUUCGCUAACUACCUGGUGGGUACGCUGAUCCCCCCUUCCGAGGACAAGGCCUCCAAGGGCUUCUUCAGCUACCACGCGGACAUUUUUGUCCAGAACCUGGUGCCCGACUGGCGGGGUGCGGACGGCAGCUUCUUCGGGAUGUUCUCCAUCUUCUUCCCCUCGGCCACGGGCAUCCUGGCGGGGGCCAACAUCUCCGGGGACCUCAGAGACCCUGCUGUCGCCAUCCCCAAGGGCACCCUCAUGGCCAUCUUCUGGACCACCGUCUCCUACCUGGCCAUCUCGGCCACCAUCGGCUCCUGCGUGGUCCGCGAUGCCUCCGGGGUCGUGAAUGACACAAUGAGCCCAGGCGCGGGGGCCUGCGAGGGGCUGGCGUGCGGCUACGGCUGGAACUUCACCGAGUGCUCCCGGGAGCACAGCUGCCGCUACGGCCUCAGCAACUACUACCAGACCAUGAGCAUGGUUUCUGGCUUUGCACCCCUGAUCACGGCCGGCAUCUUUGGGGCCACCCUCUCCUCUGCCCUGGCCUGCCUUGUCUCUGCUGCCAAAGUUUUCCAGUGUCUGUGCGAGGACCAGCUGUACCCCCUGAUCGGCUUCUUCGGCAAAGGCUAUGGCAAGAACAAGGAGCCGGUGCGUGGCUACCUGCUAGCCUAUGCCAUCGCCGUGGCCUUCAUCAUCAUUGCCGAGCUCAACACCAUCGCCCCCAUCAUUUCCAACUUUUUCCUGUGCUCCUACGCCCUCAUCAACUUCAGCUGCUUCCACGCCUCCAUCACCAACUCACCGGGUUGGAGACCCUCAUUCCGCUACUACAGCAAGUGGGCGGCACUAUUCGGGGCAGUGGUCUCGGUGCUCAUCAUGUUCCUCCUCACCUGGUGGGCGGCCCUCAUCGCCAUCGGCAUGGUCCUCUUCCUGCUGCUCUACGUCAUCUACAAGAAGCCAGAGGUGAACUGGGGCUCGUCCGUGCAGGCCGGGUCCUACAACAUGGCCCUCAGCUACUCCGUGGGCCUCAACGAGGUGGAGGAUCACAUCAAGAACUACCGCCCCCAGUGCCUGGUGCUCACGGGGCCCCCCAACUUCCGGCCAGCCCUGGUGGACUUCGUGGGCACCUUCACCCGGAACCUCAGCCUGAUGAUCUGUGGCCACGUGCUGAUCGGACCCCGCAAACAGCGGAUGCCCGAGCUCCGGCUCAUCGCCAACGGCCACACCAAGUGGCUGAACAAGAGGAAGAUCAAGGCCUUCUACUCGGACGUGGUGGCCGAGGACCUGCGUGGCGGGGUGCAGGUCCUCAUGCAGGCCUCGGGCCUGGGCAGAAUGAAGCCCAACAUCCUGGUGGUGGGCUUCAAGAGGAACUGGCAAUCGGCCCACCCAGCCACAGUGGAGGACUACAUCGGCAUCCUGCACGAUGCCUUUGACUUCAACUACGGCGUGUGUGUCCUGAGGAUGCGGGAGGGACUCAACGUCUCAGAGGUGAUGCAGGCACACAUCAGUCCCGUGUUUGAGCCAGCAGAGGACGGGAAGGACGGCGGCAGCGGCCGGGCCAGAGCCUCCAUGUCAGGCACACUGGACCCCGAAGCGCUGGUCCGGGAGGAGCAGGCCAGCACCAUCUUCCAGGCUGAGCAGGGCAAGAAGACCAUCGACAUCUACUGGCUGUUCGAUGACGGAGGCCUCACCCUCCUCAUCCCCUACCUCCUGAGUCGCAAGAAGAGAUGGAGCAAAUGCAAGAUCCGCGUGUUCGUGGGGGGCCAAAUCAACAGGAUGGACCAGGAGCGAAAGGCGAUCAUUUCCCUGCUCAGCAAGUUCCGGCUGCCUUUCCAUGAAGUUCACGUCCUCCCUGACAUCAACCAGAAACCUCGGGCUGAGCACACCAAGCGGUUCGAGGACAUGAUCGCGCCCUUCCGCCUGAACGACGGCUUCAAGGACGAGGCCACAGUGGCCGAGCUGAGGCGGGACUGUCCCUGGAAGAUCUCGGAUGAGGAGAUCAGCAAGAACCGUGCCAAGUCCCUGCGUCAGGUGAGGCUGAAUGAGAUCCUGCUGGAUUACUCCCGAGACGCUGCCCUCGUCGUCAUCACGCUGCCCAUCGGGAGGAAAGGGAAGUGUCCAAGCUCCCUCUACAUGGCCUGGCUGGAGACCCUGUCCCAGGACCUCAGACCCCCGGUCGUCCUGAUCCGUGGAAACCAGGAAAACGUGCUCACCUUUUACUGCCAAUAAUCCGGACGUGACCACGCCUGCCCGGAGCCCAGAGCCCAGCGGGCAUGGGGGACAAGACCAGGCGUGUUGGUGCGUGAGGGAAA